AUGGCUUCUCAGUCAGGCAAUCUUUUGGAGAAUGAAACAACAAAUGAUUUCAUUGAUUUUGAUCAAGUUUUAUAUUCUCCAAAUGGUUUUCAUAAUGAAUAUGAAAACUUAAAUCUCAGUGAAAGUAUUGGAGUGUUAAAUACGCCAACAUUUGAAAUGACUAAUCCAUCGAUUCAAUUGACACAAGAACAACACUUCAAUGAUAACAAUAACAUAUCUGUUGCAGAUUUUCAAGAGCCUCUUUCAAUGUCUAUUGAUCAAGGUAUAUUUUCAAAUAGUGUCUAA